GACACAGACGGUCCCCCCGGUCAGUCCAGGCCGCGCCGCCCCGUGGAGAGCAGAGCGAGCAGAGCCCGUCCCGUCCCGCGCGCCGCGCCUCCUCGCCCAGUGACUCGACCGGACCGGUCCGACGGCAGCGCAGCGCGCACGCAGGCCAACAAGUGCCACACGGUGACCUCCCGCGCACCCCCCCCCUCCCCCCGGCUCUUUCGCGCGCGUGCGACCGCGUGUUUGUCUGUGACCGGCAGCGCGCCGCCGCCGCCGCCGCCGCAGCAGCCCGGCUGUGUUUGUUGUGUGUGGUGAAAGUCAUCAUGCCGUAACCAUGUGGAUACCUGCUCGCCGUUCACCAGCGUCGCCACCAGCACGACCAUCGUCGGCACCCUCGACGGCGCCGCACCUGUAGGCGGCCGUGCGAGCCGUGCGUGCGCUCGACGCUCGACGGAGACGGAGGCUGGCCGCGACAUGGAGUGACCGAGCCGAGCCCACACUUCGAGAGAAUCUUUUUAAAGGACAAAGAGUAUGCCGGCGCUGCAGCUAUGGGGCCGCAAGUGGCUGGCGGCCACGGACGACAUGGUCUUCCCCGGCCUGUUCGAGUUCGUCAUCCGGCUCAUCGGGCUGGUGCUGGUGUCGCUGGUGUACUGCCGCUACUACGCCUCCACCUGGGAGUGCGCGCGCGGCGGCGACCUGGUGCGCUCCUACAUCGUGGGCAUGCUCGCGCUGCUCACCAUCGUGCUGCUCACGCUCGCCGUGCUCAUCAACCGGUCGGCCCAGGGCUCCAUCAUGAACACGCGCGCUCGCCGGCACGUCCCCGCCGUGCUCGUCUUCAAGGUGCUGCUCAUCAUCCCCGAGGUGUGCUGGAACGUGAUGGGGACCAUGUGGGCUUUCAGUCCGGACCUGGUGCAGUGCAGUCCGGAGAGCUUCACCAAGACCGUGGUUGAAGUGAUGGUGCUGUUCGACUGGGUGCUGUUCGCGCUCACCGUGUUCGGCCUGGCCGUGGUGUUCGACCCCAUCGGCUCGCUGCGCCGGCCGCCCCACCUGCAGAACUCGGAGCCGCUGGCGCUCGAGUCGGCGCGCCACCGCCGGGUGGCCGGCAUGUGGGUGCGGCGCUUCAGGCUCAUCUUCUGCUGGGUGCGCCGCGACGAGGGCUGCUCCGAGGCCUUCCAGCAGGUGGCCGCGCUGCUUUCCGCGCUGUUCCGGAGCACGGACCUCGUCCCAUCCGACGUCCUGGCGGGUUCCGUUCUGCUGAGGGUCAAACAGAAGAGGGAGACGCGGGAGCGACGGCGUUUGGACCUCCUCGGGGAGAGCCCUUCUCCCAAGCGGACCAUUGACCUGCGGGAGCUGUUCGUCGAUGCACCCGCCUGGAUGUGUCUCGAGAGGGGUCGCCACUUCCUGCGACUGUCCAUGUCCGCGUACGGGUGGCCGUUCGUGAUGUACCAGUACUGCGCCACCGGAAUCUUCAGGAUGGUGCCCCACAUGACCUGCUGCGCCUGCUUCAGGGCGAAGACGACUUUGGUGAUGGAGGACAACUGCUGCCUAUGCAACCUGGCAGGAGUGCGGUACCUUUCACAGGUACCCCCCCAUGACAUCCUCUUCGCUUCAUUUAGAAACCACUUAUUUGAGUUACCUUUCUGUGUGAUUGCUGAUCACAAAACAGCAAAUAUUGUAGUUGCAGUGAGAGGGUCGUUCUCCAUUAGAGAUAUUUUCACUGAUUUGACAGCCAACGCAGAAAAAUUCAAUGUUGCUGGAGCCCCACCAGAUACAAUGGCCCACAAAGGCAUGCUUUUAGGUGCCCAAUACAUAAAGAAGAGGCUCGAUGAUGUUGGCAUUUUGGAACGAGCUUUCAAUCUUUAUCCAAAUUAUGGUUUAAUUUUGACAGGCCACAGUUUAGGUGCUGGAUUGGCAGUGCUCCUGGCUAUGAUCUUAAAGCCAAAAUACCCUGAUAUGAAGGUCUACGCUUUCGCUACUCCAGCUGGAUUGCUUAGUCGAGAGGCUGCUCGAUACACUGAAAGCUUUGUGUUCACUAUUGGAGUGGGUGACGACUUUGUCAUGAGACUCAGUGUGGACUCUAUUGAAAACCUACGGACGCAAAUCUUAGAAGUACUUGAAGCCUGUAGAUUGCCAAAGUAUCGCAUUAUCCUGAAUGGUUGUGGGUAUGCACUCUUUGGCGUACCUUCCCGAGACUUAGAGUCUACCUGGAGAAAAAGCCAAGUUGUCACAUCAACUCCUCGUCCCAGAGCACAUAAUUCGGAUUGCUCUCUUCUUGCUAAAGAUAUCAAGGACAGACGUUUUUCACGCACUCGAUUGUUUACUGCAGGACGGAUACUGCACGUCACACAUCGUAAAAAGAGUAAAGCUGACAGGAAAGCGGGUCGCGGUGGGCCAACAUAUGAAAUGAGGUGGGCCCAAGCAGAAGACUUUACUGAGUUGAAGAUUGAACCAAGGAUGCUCCUAGAUCAUUUGCCUGAAAAUGUUUACAAGACAAUUGAUACAGUUCUUAAUGAGCAGGUUAAAGAAAUAGGGGGUCCUAUUCUUACCUACCGCAGAGGAUUAAUUCGUGAAGUAUAGCAUUUUCACAAAACCUGCAAACAAUGUUACCAAAGCCUGUGUCUGAGCCACAUCUAGCUUAUGUGCAGCUCUAAAUUAGUGAGAGUGUCUGAAUUGUGGUAAAUUUGCUCUACUGUAGCUAUUUUCCAUUCCUGAGUUUGUGACCAAGAACAAAAAUCUUAGGUAUUAUAUUAAAAACUAAUAUACUGUGGAAUCAAAAAGGUUCCUAUUCAUUUUGCCAUCACUGACAUUAUAAAAAAAAAAAAAAAAAGAGAAUCUCAAAAUCUUGGAAAGAAAAGAGAAAAAUGUGAAGAAAUUCAUUUUUCUGAUUCUCUGCAAUCCUUUGCUCAUUUCCAUUUUGUGGAUAUCAUAAAUAAUAAGAGUCUAUGCUCAUUAGGACUGAUAUUUUAAUUGUAUAUCUUGUUAGUCAACCUGUACAUUCCAUGACAUUUCACUGAAGCUCCUUUACUGCAUCUUUCCCUGUAGCCUACUUGGGGGCAUUGUCAUGCUUUAUUUGUGACUGAUAAGGUACAAACAUUGCUCAUAAACUAAUUUCCUCUUAAUGAUUAAGCUCUCUGUAACUCUCUUAUUUCCCUGGAACUGUACGAGAAAAAGGAAACCAGAAUUCACCUUGAUUUUACUGUUAGCUGAUGAUGUGCAUGUGAUGUCUUCUCUCUUCCUCAACUUCUGUUUAGCUAUAGUACUUGGGGCCAACUAUAUACCUGUACAAUAAUGCAGGAUUUAAAUUACAAAGUCUUUCCCAGUGAUGUGUAAUUUCACAAGAAUCUAAAAUAUGCUUUCUCAAAUUUAUAAACAUCCAGCAUUAAAAGGUACUAUGCAAGUAUCUAAUAUAUCAUUCAAGAUAACUGGAUUUACAUCAACCCAUGAUGUCUAUUUUCUAUUUAUUGUUACCAUUUAUGUACAUAGGUCAAAUUUACAUUGUCAUUCCGUCUCUAGGUGUCAUAAAACGCCCAAAGUGAUAACAUUUUGUAUUUAUUAUGUGGUAGCACAAAGUCUACAGCAAUGAGGAGUAUACUUGAUAGCAAAGAUCUUCAGUUUGUAUCGCCCCAUCCCCUUUAAUGUAUGUUCCCAUUCCCAUUAAGUUGGUUGUGGUACUAUUGACACAAAUGAACUGUGAUAGUUUUAAUAAACAUGUUGCAUCUAAGAAA